AUACGCCAAAACAAAAAGCAAAAACCUUUUCCUUCUUUCUCCUCUCUCUCUCUCAGUGCCCAAUUCCACAGUGUCUCUCUCUGUAUAAGACCCUUCUAGUUUGUCCUUCACAAUCUAUCUCUCUCUCUUUCUACUGGCUCUUCUCAACUCAAGCCCUCACCUAGUCUCCCUCUCUUUCUCUUACUCAACUGAUCUUUGCUGUUUUCGUCUUCCUUCUACGACCCACUUUUUUGCAGAUUCUUUAGAUUCUUCUAAGCUUUGAGUCUUUUUCUGAUUCGAGUGUCGGUUUUAUUAUAUGCUUCAAAUCUCUCACCCAUAUCAGGUUCUUGAUUCUUUCGCUAUGGAGACUCUGCAUCCACUCUCUCACCUGCCUAUCUCUGACCACCGGUUCGUAUUUCAAGAGAUGAUGAGCUUACAAAGCUCGAGCAGCAGCAGCAGCUGGACUAAAGAAGAGAACAAGAUGUUCGAACGAGCUCUUGCCAUAUACGCUGAAGACUCGCCUGAUCGCUGGUUCAAAGUUGCUUCCAUGAUCCCUGGGAAGACUGUUUUGGAUGUCAUGAAUCAGUAUAGUAAGCUCGAAGAAGACGUUUCCGAUAUUGAAGCAGGACGUGUCCCCAUUCCUGGUUACCCUGCAGCUUCUUCUCCCUCUGCGUUUGACCCUGAGACGUGUCGGAAACGGCCUAAUGGAGCCAGAGGAUCUGAUCAUGAUCGAAAGAAAGGAGUUCCUUGGACUGAGGAAGAACACAGGAGAUUCUUGUUAGGGCUUCUUAAGUACGGGAAAGGAGACUGGAGAAACAUAUCAAGAAACUUCGUGGUGUCUAAGACGCCAACACAAGUCGCGAGCCACGCCCAAAAGUAUUACCAAAGACAGCUCUCCGGAGCCAAGGACAAACGCCGGCCAAGUAUCCAUGACAUCACAACCGUCAAUCUCCUCAAAGCCAACCUCAACCGUUCCUUUUCCGAUCAUAGUGACAUCCUCCCAGAUUUAGGUUUUACCGACAAGGAUAAUGCUGAAGAGGGAGUAAUGUUUAUGGGUCAGAAUCUAUCUUCAGAAACCUUAUUUUCUCCAUCACCAACAUCUUUCGACGCUGCCUUUAACUUCGCCGGAGCAAAUGCCUUCAGUGCCAGAGCUUAAAGGUAACAACAUAGAAUCCCAUAUCAAGCUCAGCGUUCUAAAGAAGUUGAGUUUUGAAACUGUAAUUAGAGGAAUACAAGCAAAAACCAAGUUAUUUACAUAUAUAUGUAUUGUGUGGUUUAAAAAUGUAAGAACUAUAUUUACAUAUAUAGAUCAUGGUUAUGUAUUGUGUGGUUUAAAAACCAAGUUAUUUACAUAAUUUUCCCUUUAAAAAUGUAAGAACUUGUGUUCUCCGUUACAUGAGUGUGACUUUGUAUUUCUGUGUUUGUGUCUACGAAAUUAGAAUACGUAUUAAAUAUCUAUGUUUUCUU